GGUUGCGGAAGUCGAGCUGGAAGGUUUACACGCUUCAAUUCGAUCAGGAGGAACAGCACAGCAUGCUGGGCUCUGGGUUUAAAGCUGAGCGUUUACGAGUCAAUUUGAGAUUAGUCAUAAACCGUCUCAAACUACUGGAGGAAAAAAAAAAAAAAACGGGACUGGCUCAGAAAGCAAGGAAGGAGAUUGCUGAUUAUCUGGCUGCUGGGAAGGAUGAACGAGCACGGAUCCGUGUGGAGCACAUCAUCCGCGAAGACUACCUUGUGGAGGCCAUGGAGAUCCUGGAACUGUACUGCGACCUGCUGAUGGCUCGGUUUGGCCUCAUUCAGUCUAUGAAAGAGCUAGAUUCUGGACUGGCUGAAUCUGUGUCUACACUGAUAUGGGCUGCUCCUCGACUCCAGUCAGAAGUUGCCGAAUUAAAAAUAGUUGCUGAUCAACUCUGUGCCAAGUAUAGCAAAGAAUAUGGCAAGUUAUGUAGGACCAACCAGAUUGGAACUGUUAAUGACAUUCUAAUGCAUAAACUCAGUGUGGAAGCGCCACCCAAAAUCCUCGUGGAGAGAUACCUGAUUGAAAUUGCCAAGAAUUACAAUGUACCAUAUGAGCCUGACUCUGUGGUUAUGGCAGAAGUUCCUCCUGGGGUAGAAACAGAUCUCAUUGAUGUUGGAUUUACAGAUGAUGUGAAGAAAGGUGGCCCUGGUAGAGGCGGCGGUGGAGGUGGUGGGUUCGCAGCACCUGUUGGUGGGCCUGAUGGAACAGUGCCAAUGCCUAUGCCCAUGCCUAUGCCCAUGCCAUCUCCAAAUACUCCUUUCUCAUAUCCAUUGCCAAAGGGACCAUCAGAUUUCAAUGGAUUGCCAGUGGGGACUUACCAGGCUUUUCCAAAUAUUCAUCCACCUCAGAUACCAGCCACUCCCCCAUCAUAUGAAUCUGUUGAUUACAUUAAUGCUGAUAAGAAUGUCUCUUCUGCACAGAUUGUUGGUCCUGGACCCAAGCCCGAAGCCUCUGCAAAAGCCCCUCCCAGACCUGCAGAAAACUACAACUUUGUACUGCCAGAGUUGCCAUCUGUGCCAGACAUGCUGCCAACUGCAUCUGCUGGCGGCAGCACUUCAGCAUCUGAAGACAUUGAUUUUGAUGAUCUUUCCCGGAGAUUUGAAGAGCUGAAAAAGAAAACAUAA